CUGACAAGUCAGCGUCUUAACGUUGUUACUCUCGCAAGACAACGCAAUUUCAGUACCCAUUUAAUAUGUACCUUGGAUUAAGACAAAUAUUCUCCUUUAUGUUCCACAAAACGGGGCGUCCUUUUCUUUUACACGCAGAUACGCGUGCACCUUGAGGUUUCAUCAGCAGCUACAACGUAGCAGCAACAGCGUAUCGGCGCUGCUGCGGUAAGCGAUACGAGAUGCAUAGUCACGAAUGAAGGAACUAGAGAGGAAGACAGAGAGAAAGGACAAGGUGAAGUGAGAGAGGUGUAGAAACGAUAUGAGAGAGCGCAGAGACAGAAAGGGAGACUGACGAAGGGAGGAAGAGAGAAUAUGAAGCGGGUAGCGCGGAUGAACAUGGGGUGGAAGGAGAGAGAAAGACUACCGGUACAGUGAGUGAAAAUAGAAUAAGAGGAGAGCAGGUAACGGGAGGACGAGAGACCUGGUGGGGGAGGGCAGGAGAGUUUCCUCCUUUUCAACCCCCGUGUUGCCGCGUACCGCGCAGAGCGGCGCGUAGGUAUACGUACACACUAGGCGUCUAUAUUUUAUAUCCGGUGUACCCGAGUUGUCGCUAGGGCGCAGACUCGAGCCAAUCGGGGUCGGCCGGCUCGCCAGUUACUUUUCGCGAUUCACCGUGGCCGCUCUGCCGCGGCGCAGGUAGACGGACGGACGACAGUCAGUCAGUCGGUCAGUUAGUGAGACGAGAAGGAAGGAUGUAAGAGGAUUGUAUCGGCGGAGUAUAAAAAAGAAAAAAAAAUAGAGAGUAGAGAAGGGAAGGAAGAGAGGCGCAGCGAGAGCGAAAAGGGGUGAAAAUUGUGGCUAUAGAGCGGAGCGAAAAAGGAAGGCAGAAGGAUUAAAAAAAAAACACGAAAAAGUGCAGACAGAUAAGGAAAGAGGGAGGGCGAGGGAGAUAGGAAGAAAGAGAGAGGUCAUAGGUGCUGGCCGUACCGCAUUCGCCGCACAAAAGCACAACUUGCGCACUGUUGCGCCGCGUUACCAAGCUAUUGCGCGAGCAACCGAACUGUGCCGCUCGGCCACCCCUGCCGAGCAGUCGAGUGCUUUCGUGCGGAGUGUUUACGUCGUCGCGCGGGUAAACACACACGUUGUCGUGGCUCGCGCUCUCGUAAGCUCUGUCCUACGCACCCCUUUCUCUUUCUAUCGGCGUGAAUCAGCUGGAACGCCAAUACUUCCAUCCUACGCCUUCGCAUAGCUCGAGUGAUGUCACGCGCCCUGUGAAUGUGCAAAACGAACAUCAUAGAGUCGAGCUGAUCGCUGAUCGAGUACGCUAAAGCUACGAAUGCGAUACGAUAAAACGUCCAAUCUUAACUAUCCAAUUCGAAACUAUCCACGUCUCGACUCGAUGCUUAUCUUCGAGUAACAAAGACAAGACUGACAUUCGCUCAUGUCAAUUCGUGAUAUUUCGGACCGUCGCGUCGUUUCGGAAUUUACGUGAAUUUCGUUUCAAGAGUUCGUAAAUCUCGCGUUUCGGACUUUAUCGCGAUAGUCACGCCGGUGUGCGCGCUCGCGAGGAAUUGGGAGAUUAGGAUCGCUGGCUCGGGGGAUUCGCUAAAUCGACAGGGUAGAGAAGCGGCGCGGGCACUGUGACAGUGCAGCAGUGUGCGACGACGAAGGCGCUUGCAACGAUACGUGACUGUCUUAACUCUCCCCCUCCCCCCUUCUCCCUCCCCCAGGCUCGUUCGUAUGUAUGUACGUCGAUGCUCCGAGCGGAACUCUCACGUCGCCGCGAAUUGAACCUGCGUGAGUAGAUCGGCAGGGUGGGAGACGGAGAAAGACGUUGAUCUCGUCAUCGCGAAACGCUGGAUGUCACUACGUCAUUGCAUAGCGAGGCGUACGUGUGCGGACGUACGUAGUCAUCGUUUGUGCCUGGCGUAAACUCGCGCGGCAAAGUGACUACCCCGAAGUGCAGCGGUGAUAAGAAGAUACAGCCACGCGACGUGAUCGUUAGCAUAAAUGACAAGCGCAGCCAAGGCAUCGAACUGAGGACGAUUUCUGAUCUAACUAACGGAAACAACAACAGCUCUGCUGAAUACGCGGACGCUAAUAAGCAGAUUCUGACCACUAGUCUGACGCAUCACUAUGCUGCAGUGAUGGACAGCGAGGGCACGUUGGGCCGCGGCCAUGCAAAUGGGGGCCGUGGGCUGCGCCGUCAGCGGUCCCUGGAAUGGAGAGAACGGCGCGGUUAUGGAGCUGGUGGCCAAUCCAGCAGUGAUGAUGAAGAUAACACACGUCACGCUGUGGGGCCCGUGUCAAGUUCAUCCGUUACAAGAGGCGCUCGUAGUCCCGGUCAGGUCUUUGCCUCCAUUUUGGCGCAACAAUAUGGCAAUGCGGGAGACAGAUCGUACCGUACGGGAUCCGACACGGAAGGCGCAGCAACUACAGACAACCCUACAACGCCAUUUCCUACGCCACCCCCAACCUUGACACCGAAUCAUCGGCAAGCUUCUCCGUUUCCCCUCGAAAGCACAAACUCUCGCCGGCAUCAUUAUAACGGCAGCAUAUCUUCCGAGAGAUCUCGCAACGGCAAUGGUGAGACCGUUUACGCGGCGUCCACAAAAAAGACGACUUCCGGUGGCGGUACCUUAGGUCGAAGAACACGCCGAGGUCACGCAAGCGCCUUGAGCAGUAGCUCGACAGCGAGCGAUCGUUCCGAAACCGUCUUCCCCGAUGAACACACUCGCAUGCAUCUCACCAAUGGUCUACCCAGGCCUAUUUAUCUCACAGAUACUGGUAGGGAUUCCCCUCCGGAACCCGCACCACCGGAAGUACCGCCACGUGGACCGUCUUUACACGCGACGCAUACUUUACGCGCGCAACAAAAUCGAAAUGGUUGCCCACCGAAUGCAUCAGGAAGUUUCACUGUGCCAAGUGAUCAAAUACCGACCGAGACGUAUUCGGAGUACUUGAUGUCAGGAAGUCCACGGAGUUAUCCAGCACGAUCCCCGGGGGUCGCUUCCACGCCAACCGUGACCAGGCUUCCGCCACCGCAACAGCAGGUGACGGUGGGUUCUCUGGGCGGCGGUUUAGGCGGUGCCGGAAAUGGCGGUACCGCCACGGUAGGCGCGCAAGGCCAAGCCAUGGUGAUGCCAGGUUUUCCGCUUCGUGCCGCAGCGGUGCCGCACUAUUCCCCGUAUUCACCAUCGCGCUUUCACAUCGACAAACGUUGUCAGCACAGGUGCUCUUGGAAAUGCUUCUCAAUCGCUCUGAUCCUCCUGGCUGUGGCGCUGACGGCGAUGCUGGCGUACUUUGCUGCAGUGAGCUCUAUGCGCCCGAUAGACAGCACUAACUGCAUUCUGGUUCAAGAUAUCAAGGCUGUCACUCACGAAAACGCACACAUCCACGACUCGAUAUCCACGCAGAUUCCUACAGAAGAAUCCCUACCUACGAGUACGGCGGAGCAUUCGAGCGCCGCGGACAGCGCCGGCGAUCAACAGAGCGAUCCGCAGAUCCAGCAAUCGGCGCAGCAAUGGCCAGCCGUGCUCGAACUGCAGGCCUACAAUGUCGCGCACUCCGCCAUUAUUCAGCCGUACCAUUUUUGGAACACGGAAUUCCGUAACAAACAGCCAGCUUUCAUCAGGCUGAACUUGACCCUACCAUGGGGUGCGAAUUUCGCAGUAUACGGCAGACGGAACGUCGCGCCCAGCGUCACGCAGUACGAUUUCGUGGAGUUCGUCAAAGGUGGCAGGGUGGUCCACAGGUUGAAGAGGGACAUCACUGCCGUCAGUUUUAUGCAGUCCACCAGUCCGCAAGACAUCCACGUGGAGCGCGUGCCGCAACCGGUCGCACUUUAUCAACACGUGCUCAUCAAGAGGACCAUUGUGGAACCAUUGAUGGUCAAUGUCAGUCUACUGCAGUACUUUGACACCGGCGACUGGUUCCUGUCCGUAUAUAACGAUGAGUUGCAGCCUUACAAGGUUACUUUGGUCGUUACGGAAGCUGAAGGUGUCUCCACUACAUGUCCCAAUGACUGCUCCGGACGUGGAUCGUGCUACCUUGGCAAAUGCGAUUGUAUAGACGGAUAUCAGGGUGCUGAUUGCAGCAAAAGCGUGUGUCCGGUUUUGUGUUCUUCACACGGACAAUACGGUGGUGGUGUGUGUCACUGCGAGGAGGGCUGGAAAGGUGCGGAAUGCGACAUACCGUUAGGUGACUGCCAAGUUCCUGACUGUAAUCAGCAUGGCCAGUGCGUUAGAGGAUCUUGCGUCUGUAAUCCCGGCUGGAAGGGCAACUUUUGCGACGAACCCGACUGCUCUGAUCCGAACUGCAGCGGCCACGGCGCUUGUGUCUCCGGCAAGUGUUACUGCAAGGCCGGCUGGCAGGGCGAGCGGUGCAAUCAGGUUGAUCAGCAGGUGUAUCAGUGUCUGCCCGGCUGCUCCGAUCACGGCACGUACGACCUCGAAUCUGCGGCCUGCGUUUGCGAGGAGCAUUGGACGGGGGUCGAUUGCUCACAGCCGAGUUGCGGUCUAGAUUGCGGACUUCAUGGAUCCUGCGAGCAAGGCCGCUGCAAAUGCCACGAUGACUGGACUGGAACGAAAUGCGAUCAAAAACCGUGUGACUUGCGUUGCGCCGAGCAUGGCCAAUGCAAAAAUGGAACCUGUGUGUGCAGUCAAGGGUGGAACGGAAGACAUUGCACAUUACCUGGAUGUGAGAAUGGAUGUAGCCGCCAUGGAUUGUGUACCCUACAGGAUGGUGAAUACAGUUGCGAAUGUUCAACUGGAUGGGCCGGCAGAGAUUGCAGCAUACGACUCGAAUUGGAAUGUAAUGAUUACGUUGACAAUGACGAAGAUGGCAUGAUGGACUGCUCUGACAGUGAGUGCUGUUCGCACGAAGCUUGUUCAGAACAUAUCAUGUGCCUUGCUAGUAAUAAUCCCGUGGACGUUCUUCUCCGAAAACAACCACCCAGCGUCACAGCGUCCUUCUAUCAACGAGUAAAGUUCCUCGUCGAAGAGAACAGCGUACAGAGCUACGCCCACAUGGACGAGUACACGGAAAGUACGUUCUGGAGUUCCUUUACACCGCGUCGAGUUGCGGUGAUGCGAGGCCAAGUUGUUACCGAACAAGGACUCGGAAUAGUAGGCAUCAGAGUGUCCGUGGACAGGGACUCGCGCUUUGGAUUCACCUUGACUAGAACAGACGGAUGGUUCGACGUCCUGGUCAAUGGUGGAGGUGCCGUGACGCUUCAAUUCCAGCGCAGCCCCUUCAAACCCCUUACAAGGACCGUCUUCGUACCCUGGAAUCAGAUCGUGGUCCUACCACCCGUUGUGAUGAUUCUUAGCAAGGAAGGCGAAUCGUAUAAAUCUAACCAGCCGCCGAGCCCGGCAGUUGGCUUCCCAGGGAUUUCGAUGGGACUCUUUAGCGAACACGGUCCGUGCUUGGAACACGAUCACGAGACGUUGCGACCAAUUAUUGUUAGCACAUGGAUGCCUGAGAAAGUUGGCGGUUUGCCUGGGAAGAGCUUGGUCUUUGCUGAAAGUCAAAUCGUGCAGGAAAGCAUCGCUAUUCCAGGCUCCAAUCUCCACUUGAUGUAUCAAAGCAGUCAGGCUGCGGGCUAUCUCUCUACCGUGAGGAUGCAACUGACCGGGCCGUUCAUUCCAAAAUCGCUGACGCACGUACACGUGCACGUAGAGAUCGAGGGCUCGCUUCACACGAAAACGUACGAGGCUGACCCGAAUCUGACGCACACGUUUGCCUGGAACAAGAGAAACGUUUACAAGCAGAAGGUGUACGGCGUGGCGCAGGCGAGGAUCUCGAUCGGCUAUCAACAUUCCACUUGUCCGUCGGUGAUAUGGGAGACGCAGACGGCCACUUUGCAGGGAUUCGACGUCGAUAUCUCCGAUAUCGGUGGAUGGGGACUCGACAUCCAUCACCAUUACAACUUCCACGAAGGGAUCCUGCAGAAAGGCGAUGGCUCUACUCUACAUUUCAAACAGUAUCCGCGCACUGUGAAAGUGGUAAUGGGCACUGGUCUCCAAAGAAGUUUGGUAUGUCAGAAUUGCGACGGUCUCGCUAAGGAUGCUAGACUCCUGACGCCAGUGGCACUCGCCAGUGGACCUGAUGGUAGCAUAUAUGUCGGAGAUUUCAAUCUCGUGCGCAGAAUCACGCCUGAAGGAAAGGUUUACACCGUUUUGAUUUUGAGUGCGACUCAAGUGGCAUAUCAGUAUUAUCUGUGCAUCUCGCCAGCUGAUGGACAUUUGUAUAUCAGCGAUCCCGAGAAACAUCAAAUAUUGAAAGCACUCUCGUUGGAACAAGUCCAAGAUCCAAGCAUUAAUAUCGAGCCCGUUGUUGGAAGUGGCGAAAGGUGUAUUCCAGGUGACGAGGGCCACUGCGGCGAUGAAGGUCCGGCCAUCCAUGCAAAAUUGGCUCAUCCUAAAGGAAUUGCAAUUGCGGCCGAUAAAACGAUGUACAUUGCCGAUGGAACGAAUAUUCGUGCUGUCGAUCCUCGAGGAAUCAUACAUACUCUCGUAGGACAUCAUGGUCAUCAUAAUCAUUGGUCGCCCGCUCCCUGCAUCGGAGCCAUUCCCGCACAUCAAGCUCAGUUACAAUGGCCCACCGGAUUAACCCUAAGCCCAUUGGAUGGAUCCCUGCAUUUCAUCGAUGACAGGCUAGUCUUGAAACUCACCAGCGAUCUGAAGGUGCGUGUAGUCGCUGGUACGCCUCUUCACUGUACCAGCAAUGCAAAUAACAACAAUGGCAACGAUGAACUUCCGAAACUAAACUCCUCGUUGACGACGAACUUGAAAAAAUCAGACGAGGUCCUCGGAUCGGUGUUGGCUGUCGGUUUCAGUCCAACCGGUGAGCUGUACAUAGCGGAUCGUGAUUCUCAUCGAGUGAAUUCUAUUAGAAUCGUCGAUUCCUCUGGCAAGAUGUCACACUUCGCGGGUCAACAGCAGGAAAGACUGCGUGGUCAAUGCGAAUGCAACAAUACUACACCCAGCACCAAGGAUUUGGACACGUGCACCUGUACGGAUGAUACUAGCAGCACCGAAACGCUCCUCUCUUCAAACGCCAAGUUUACUGCAAUAUCUGCUCUAGCGGUUUCACCAGACGGUGUCUUGCACGUAGCUGAUCAGGGCAGCCUUCAUAUCCUGGCUCUCCAGCCGUAUCUUCCGAACCAUGAUGAGAACGGAGAGUUCCGCAUCCCAUUCCCACCUUCGAAUGAGAUCUACGUGUUCAAUCGCUACGGUCAACACAUUUCCACGAAGGACUUGACAUCUGGAAAGACCCGCUACUCCUUCCUGUAUAGCAAGAACACGAGUUUCGGCAAGUUGUCCACGGUGACGGAUAGCGCGGGCAAUAAGAUUCAAUUCCUACGAGAUUACAGUAGCGUCGUUAGCUCUAUUGAGAACACUCAGGAUCAUAAAUCCGAAUUGAAAAUCUCCGCGGUUGGAUUCCUGGAGAAAUUGUCCGAACGUGGCAGGGCGGAGAUCGCGCUUGGUUAUGACGGUUCAACCGGCUUGCUCACCAGUCGAUCAGGAGGAGAUGAAACAUACAUAUACAAUUACGACAGUCUAGGACGUGUCACCGAUGUAAUACUGCCGACGGGCGAGAAAUUGAAAUUAUUAUCAGACUUAUCUGACAACGAAGGUCUAUUGGUUAAAGUGUCUGCUCCCUUGCAAGCUUUAUCUAAAGGUGAUAAACAGCGAAUCGUAGAAUUUGAAAUGAAAAACGAGAAGUCGAAAAUGUUGACAGUCACUGAUGGCACCAAACUCAUGAAAGCGAUUGCAUUUACAAAUAGCAGCCUGGAAGUGCUUCUGCCUGGUGGUGGUAGAGUACUUAGCGCGGCGACAACAAAACAUCCACUAUUGAAGCCGGCUUUGCCGGUAGAAGCAGAGAUGCUACCUAUGUGGAGCUAUCAAUUGAUGUCAUUAGGCGAAUUAACAAACACUAUGACGACGACAUACAACUUGGUCGGAGAAGUUAGCCACCCUCAACAAACGCUUAACAGAGAGAUCUGGGUGAACGACACGCGAGUGAUAAGCGUCGAAUUCGAACAGGCAUUCAGCCGUGAGACGUUUUAUGACAAGGCGGGAACUCCUCUAUUGACGGUGACCUUCGACCUGGCCGGUUUACCCUUGCUCUGGCAACCGUACGAGCAGGGUCAUAAUCUCAGCAUUACUUACGAUCGAUUUAACAGGAUCGACAGUUGGAAAUGGGGUGCUUCCGAUGAAUCAUAUGCUUACGACCGACACGGUCAACUGGCGGAAAUCACCAAUAGUAAGGAUGGCACAAAACGAUAUACCUACAAUGACUUCAAUAUGCUGUCGAAGAUCACGCUUGCCAGCAACAGACAGUUCUCAUUGCAAUAUGAUGAUGACGGUGGAUUACGACAUAUCAUUUUACCGUCUGAAACCAAACAUUCCUUCUCCUGUCAGGCUUCUCUCGGCUUUCUCAGGGUGACAUACACUCCACCUGGCAGCACUAGAGCCUAUCUGCAGCACUACAGUCACGAGGGGAACCUGCUGCAGACUGUAUUUCCAGGAGACGGAGCUCGCAUUGUCUACAGAUAUCACACUUCGGGACAAUUGGCAGAGGUCGUUCACGGCGACGGCAAAAGCGAGAUCAGAUACACAGAGAGUGGACUACCUUCCGAAGUUAUACACUCCGAGAGGGACGUGGAGUACAAAUGGGAUUAUCAAUAUAGUGCAGGACUUCUGGUAGAGGAGCGAAUAGAUUUCGGCGCCAAGACUGGUCUAAGCAACGCUAAAUUUACGUUCGAAUAUGAUUCGAAUUUCCGCCUGAUCGCGGUACAGGGUAGAAUAGGCGGUCAGACGCUGCCACCACACACCAUGGCUUACAGUCCGAGGUCGGGUACGCUAGAGCAAAUCGGUCAAUUUAAAGUGACAAGACCGCAGUCGAACGAGACGACUGUGUUUGACGGUACCGCAUUAUUCUCGCGCACUACAGAUGACCGAUUCCUAGAAACUCAAGUCACAGUGACGAUCCAUCGAAUGGAAGUGUUCAGGAUGGAAUUCACGCACGAUUCACGCGGUCGCAUCAAUCAGACGAGAACGUACACGCGUAACGUCGCCGUUAAUACGUAUACCAACGUAAAGAAUUACACAUGGGAUUGCGAUGGUCAGUUAACCGGUGUAGAAGCGCAGGAACCAUGGGGUUUCAAGUACGACGCCAACGGUAAUAUGUUGUCGCUCACAUAUCGAGGUAACACGAUCCCAAUGGAGUACAACGCUAUGGACCGAAUAGUCAAGUUCGGCGAAGGUCUCUACAAGUACGACAACCGAGGUCUAGUAGUGCAGAAUGCGAGAGAGGAGAGAUUCAAUUACAACGCCAAGGGUCUCCUUGUGCGUGCCACCAAACGCGGCCGUUUCGACGUGCGAUACUAUUACGAUCACCUGGAUCGCCUAGCCACAAGGAAAGAUAAUUACGGCAAUGUCACGCAGUUCUUCUACAACAAUCAGAAACGACCGCACGAAGUGAGCCAAAUAUACAGCCCGCGCGAUGGUAAACUGAUGUCGCUGGUUUACGAUGACAGAGGACAUCUUAUUUACGCACAAGUAUAUCGACACAAAUAUUACAUUGCCACUGAUCAGUGUGGAACACCCAUUAUGAUCUUCAAUCAAUAUGGCGAAGGCAUCAGAGAAAUUAUGCGAUCACCUUAUGGUCACAUCGUUUACGAUUCGAAUCCAUAUCUUUACUUGCCGGUAGACUUCUGCGGAGGACUUUUGGAUCAGGUCACCUCCCUCGUUCACAUGCCAAAUGGUAAGGUUUACGACCCGCUAAUAGGCCAGUGGAUGUCACCGCUCUGGGAAAACGUUUUGGAUCGCGUAGACAAACCAACGCACCUACAUCUUUAUAGAUUUAACGGUAACGAUCCAAUUGAUGUCAGACACACGGAUAGACCAAGUCAACCAACUGAUCACAUAUCAUGGCUGUCGCAUCUUGGAUAUGACCUGAAGAGUUUAGCACCGCAGCUAUUCCCGGAUGAGUUACCGGAAAGCCUCGUUCCGCGAGCACUCGGUCCGGGAACUUCUAUAUUCGGUAAAAAGAAAAGAACGCGCAAUCUGGGCGUCCAGUCCGGUUUCCUCGCGCACAUCGCCCAACGGCAUUCAGGCGACGCGGUGAGCCUGUCUGCGCCACCACGAUCUGCCUUGAAGAAAGACACGAGCGAGCUGAUACCCAGUCGUCUAGGUGCGGCGUCCGAUCCGCCGUUCGGUAAAGGUAUCCUAGUGUCGAGAACUGCUGAUGGCCAAGCGGUGGUGUCCAGCGUACCCAGCGCUAACGCUAUUUAUGGAGACGUGUUCACAUCCGUGUUCAACCGCUCGUACUUCUUGCCAUUUACGUUUGUCGUGCACAGCGCACAGCAGGACGCCUUCUACUUCGUCAAAGAGGAAACCUGGCGUGCCAGCGAGGAUCGUGGUCAACUGAAACGAUUAGGAGGUCAAGUAAACACUACGUUCCACGAGAACGAGAAUGGUAGUGGCAGUAGUUCGUUAAUCGAUGUGAAGAUACAUGGUGCUAGCUAUGUGGUGAACUUGCGUUACGGCACCACGGCGGAGAAGGAAAAGCAGAGACUACUGCAUCACGCUAAGGCGACCGCUAUUAGGAAGGCAUGGCAUCGAGAACGUGAAGCCCUUAAAACGAACACUCCCACAUCCGUCGAGUGGAUGGUCGCCGAGCAGGAUGAGAUACUGAAAGUCGGCCUCGCAUCUAAUUAUGAGGGCGAGUAUGAGGACCCUUACAACAUUAGGUUCGUGAAGAAGGCCGUCGACCAGUCGAGCAAGAAACGACGCAGGAGGAGAGGCGCGCCGUCCUGUAAGCUCUGGUGGUUAGAUAAAAUGUGCUAGAGCAAUUUGAGAGUCAGUCGUAUCGUCCCCUCGCACGGGGACAUUGUCCAGUAUCGAAGCCGCGGGACUUUCGAGUGAGCGACACCGACAGGUAAAGAGGUAGAUUGAAAAACCGGAAACGUGAAAGUCGACGGAAGGAGAUAAAAAAAUGCCGCUGUAGCGCAGCGUCCGUAUAUAUAUGCAUGCGCAUAUAUAUAUAAACGUACUGAAAACUAUCAAAAAGUUUUAUACCAAAGUCUAUUUGUGUAUUUCAAAGAUGCCAAAAACACUAUAACGUUAUAUUAUAUAUAAUAAAUAUAUAUACCACGAGGUAUAGGGUACGUAGGGUGUAAGAGCGUUAAGCGCACGCGGAGAAACGUGGGUUUCACCGAGUAUUCGCUCCACGGACCAGCUGCGCGACCGAUCCGCGAUUGGCAAAUCCGCGAAAGCCUUAUAAGCGUCGUCGGGAAAGGAGAGAAUGAGAAUCGAGAGUGUGCCGGAUUUCGGACCACGCGAGC